AUGGCUGGCAUAAGGGUAGAGGUAGCCCGAGAUACUAACCAGCAUAUUCGAAGGACUCUUCCUCCUUCAUUGACCGGGUUUCCCGGUGAAGCGGAGAUCAAAUAUUAUAUCAAGGCAACCGUCGUCAGGCCGCAGUUUUACAAGGAGAACUACAGAGGAUUUGCGGAUUACAAGUUCCUUCCCAUAGAACCGCCGCGGAAGAAGGAGAUUGAUAAGGAAUCAUAUGCCAGACGAGAACAUCAGUUUAAGGCUAAAAUACCACCGCAGUCGCCGCAGUCCCCACAGUCCCCGCAGGAGAAAAAAGGACUCUUCAAAGGGAGUACUGAAACCGAACUGUUGCCUCGUUUCUCUGUCGAUGCACGCCUGCCUAGCCCCCCGAUAAUAACAUGCAACGAACCACUACCACUCCGCAUCCUGAUAAAGAAGCUCAAUGACAGUAACGAGAUUGUUACUCUCCAGCUUCUUCAAAUAGAACUGAUAUCCUACACCCAUGUCCGUGCCCAGGAUCUGACUCGCACCGAAAGCGGAAGCUGGGUCAUUACCACUCGAAGUAACAUUGGCUUGCCGCUAGGAAAUAGCAAUGACCGGGCAGGUAAAGAGUGGAAGCUAGAUGCGGAAAUGUGGAAUCGCAUCCAUCUCCCUAGUUCCGUUCUUCCGUCCUUUGAGACAUGCAAUUUGUCAAGAACAUAUGAGCUGGAGAUACGAGUUGGACUGGCCCAUGGGCCAGUUGGGUUGAAGAAAGGUCUGAUUGUCCUUCCUCUACGGAUGGCUGUUCAGGUGUAUUCCGGUAUUGCACCGCCCCAAGCACUCCUAGACGCUAUGAAUGGACAUCCAUCGAAAGGGUCAAUUCCAGCUCCGGUACAAAGCCCGGUCUUCGGAUUUGGUCCUGGGCCGAGCCACAUACAGCCUAGCCAGCCUAUGGCAGGCCCUGGUCCUGGCCCCAGCCCGAUCCCGAUGAACCCGAAUAUACCACCUCCCCAGCCCCCACGUCCAAACCCGGCAAACCACCCCGUUUUAAUGGAAAACUACGAAGAAGCACCCCCACCCAGCUACGAAGAUGCGAUGGCGGAUGCUCUUGCGCCAGUAGAUGGCCCGAGGCACGAGUAUAACCCACUUGCCGCAUCACAACGCUCUUCAUCAUGGACCUCAACUGAUGCUCAAUCUUCAGCGCCCCCAGGUAACCCUAGGAGUAACAGCUUCGGCCCCUCCGGUUCCGGUGGCUAUGAUAUAGAUUCAAAAAGUGACGAACGACUAUUCCCCAGCGAAGCUGGAUCACGCUCACCGACGUUCGAGUUCACGAGUAUUCCACCUGUGACAGUCGAGAGAGAUGUUAACCAGUCAUCUCGUCCUUCCUCCACGACCGAAACUGAUGGCCCAGAAAAUAGCAGCCUGCCAAUGCAGAAACAGAUACGUGAGUUUCAACACUAUCAGACCACAGGCCAACUGGACGGCGUAUCCGAGUCACCAACCACAUCAACAACAGAUCUGCCUUUAAUGACAUCCUCAUCAACAGUAUCACUUCCAAUAGACAGACCGCCUCAACCGUCGAGACGGAUCACGCCAACCAUGCCGAAUCUAGGUAUACCUCCUAGAAAACCUGUUCCUGCACCGAAGAAGAUGAAUUCUUUGCCUUGA